CCCCUUGUCCCCCACCGCGCGCGUUCCGCCCGCCCCGGAGCCUCGCCCUCCGCCACGAUGAGCAAAUGAGCGCGAGCGAGGGCAUGAAAUUUAAAUUCCACUCAGGGGAGAAAGUCCUGUGCUUCGAGCCUGACCCCACCAAGGCGCGAGUGCUGUACGAUGCCAAGAUUGUGGAUGUUAUUGUUGGGAAAGACGAAAAAGGCAGAAAGAUCCCGGAAUAUCUAAUCCAUUUUAAUGGUUGGAACAGAAGCUGGGAUAGGUGGGCAGCUGAAGACCAUGUCCUCCGGGAUACCGACGAAAAUCGGAGAUUACAACGAAAAUUGGCCAGAAAAGCUGUAGCUCGCCUAAGCACAGGAAGGAAGAAGAAGCGCUGCCGGCUGCCUGGUGUUGAUUCCGUCUUAAAAAGCCUCCCCGUUGAAGAAAAAGAUAAAAGCAAUGAGAACUCUGUAAGCACUUCCUCUGGUGACAGCAGUGACGAAAAGGAUGGCGCAAUAAGUGAAGAAAGUGACAUUGAAGAAAAGACUGAAGUGGUAAAGAAAGUCGUGCUGGAGCCGCGCAGGAAGAGGGCGAUGGAAGAGAGAGCCAUCACCAUAGACAUCCCCGAUGUGUUGAAGAAGAAGCUGGAGGACGACUGCUACUACAUCAACCGGAGGAAGCGGUUAGUGAAGCUCCCGUGCCAGACCAACAUCAUCACCAUCCUGGAAUCCUACGUGAAGCAUUUCGCCAUCAACGCAGCCUUCUCGGCCAACGAGCGGCCCCGGCAUCACCACGCCAUGGCCCAGGCCAGCAUGAACGUGAAUUACAUCCCGGCAGAAAAGAACGUGGACCUCUGCAAGGAGAUGGUGGACGGAUUGCGAAUAACCUUCGAUUAUACGCUCCCGUUGCUCUUGCUGUAUCCUUACGAACAAGUUCAGUACAAAAAGGUGACCUCGUCCAAAUUUUUCCUUCCCAUUAAGGAGAGUGCCACCAGCUCCAGUAGGAGCCAGGAGGAGCUCUCGCCAAGCCCGCCCUUGUUGAACCCGUCCACCCCGCAGUCCACGGAGAGCCAGACCACCGGGGAGCCGGCCACCCCCAAGCGGCGUAAAGCAGAGCCCGAGGCCCUGCAGUCGCUGCGGCGCUCCACCCGCCACUCCGCCAACAGCGACCGGCUGUCUGAGAGCAGUGCCUCGCCGCAGCCCAAGCGCCGGCAGCAGGACGCGGCAGCCAGCAUGCCCAAGCUGUUCCUGCACCUGGAGAAGAAAACGCCUGUGCAUAGCAGAUCCUCCUCACCUGUGCCCGUGACCCCCAGCAAGGACGGCAGCGCCGUGUUCGCCAGCUUUGAAGGCAGAAGAACCAAUGAGAUCAAUGAGGUCCUCUCCUGGAAGCUCGUGCCCGACAGCUACCCGCCAGGCGACCAGCCGCCUCCACCCUCGUACAUUUAUGGGGCCCAACACUUGCUGAGAUUAUUUGUGAAACUUCCAGAAAUCCUUGGGAAGAUGGCCUUUUCUGAGAAGAACCUGAAGGCUUUACUGAAGCACUUUGAUCUCUUUCUGAGGUUUUUAGCCGAGUACCACGACGACUUCUUCCCAGAGGCUGCCUACGUUGCCGCCUGCGAGGCGCACUACAGCACUAAGAACCCCCGGGCCAUGUACUAGUGCCCGCGGCUCUGAAGAACAGCCUCUCUGGACGGCUCCCUGGGGAGAGCUGGGGAGCCCGCCCUUGGGGAUCCCAGUUAUUUGAGUUACUCCAUACUGUAGUUUUUUCUGUUAUGUAGUACUUUCCCGAUGCCUGAUUGGCCUCUGAAAUCCGGCCCAGCCAUGGCCUGUGUCCCCUGGGAGGCAGAGAGAGCACCUUGUCCCCGGUGACACGUCAGGGGACGUGUGCGCGGGCCAGGCUGUUUCCAUAGGAAUCGGCAUCGUUAGCAACAAUCCCCCUUUUUUUUAGUUCUUCGUUAGCACUGAGCAGAAUGGUUUUGCCCACUUUCUAUUCUUAGAUGACCCCGAGCAACUCCUGACAAAGCUGAGUUUGGCUCGGGAAAUGCGAAGUAGUCCCCAAGUAUUGUAGAAGGAAUCGCUGGUGGAGGCGGACGGAGAGGGGCCUCGGGCAUUGGCCUGGCCGGCUGGCUCCUCUUCUUAAAGCCUUGCCGGUGGUGAUCGAAGGAAAGCGUCGCCUGACUUGUUUGAGAUGUCCCGGCCCUGCCUGGCUGUGUAACAUACGGUUCCCGCUCUGUGAGAUGCUCUUUCGGAUGGCCUGAAUAAAGCCGCCCGGCUUGGCAAGAACCAGGAGGGUUUGCAGUCUGGCCUGGUCCUCUUUCUUA